UUCAGUCUGACACUGGUAGGUUUUCAGCCCAGCAUGUAUUUUCAAUUCCCGGACAGCUCCUCCACCACAGCUGCACAGCUGUGACAGGCGGGAGUCCGGGAGGGAGAGGACCACGGCGGACAGGGGAGCCGGUCCAGCCUGCUGGGACUCACCGGGAUCAUGGAUCCGCGUUUGACAUCAAAACCAACCAUGACAACUGACGGAUAACCGGAUGGGUUAAAGUUUGGAUAAUGGAUGCUGGGCUGUGCGCUGCGGAUCCGGAGCCAGAUGAUGUUUGAUUACUCUGACUUUAUUUUCCCUGUUGUUGGCUCUCUGAUGGGAGACGUGCUGUGCUGUGCUGCACCGAGCUGAUCCGAUCAUUCUCCGCUCUGUCUCCAGCAACUCCGGCUGAGCGACGAUGCCAAUCUUCUCCUGAGGUCAGACCCUCUCUGUAGGCCUGCUCCAGCCACCGAGCAGCUAUGGACCCCCUCCCAGAGUACUCCCUGUUCCUGGCGCGGAUCCUGGAGGAGCUGGACACCAAGCACAACACCAUGUCCUACCAGGACCUGUGCAUGUCCCUGUGCGCUCGCUUCGACCUGGUGCACCUGGCCAAGCUCCGCAGCCUGCUCUUCUACACGGCCUGCCUGGACCCCGCCUUCCCGGCAACCCUCUUCAAAGACAAGAUGCGCUGCUCCAUGGAGGACCCGCAGUCUAAGAAGCUCAUGGUGGCCGCAGACAUCGUCACCAUGUUCAACUUAAUCCAGAUGAACGGAGGCAUAGCCAAAGACAAGCUCCCCAUAGUGCACAGAGGCAAGUUCCACAAGAACCAGUCGCUGGAGCUGUGCAGGUCUGACAAUGAUGCCUAUAAGUUUCAGGACUGUGACAUGGGUGUUGAUUAUGAGCACAUGGAUCACCCCAGGGACGGGCACCAUCACCACCACCACCAUCACCACCGCACCCAGCAGCACCCUGCGGCUCAGAGCGCCCCACCUAUUCCUAAAUCAUCAGAGUGCAACAACUGCCAGCAGUUUAUUCCCACCUCAGACCCCAACUUCCUUCUGGGUGUCAGCAAGGACCUGAAAUGUAGGACAGCCUCACUGGACAAACUGCACCAUCUGCCCCAAUACUCCAGCGGCAGCCCGCCCUCUCCACCCUGCGAAAUGCAGAGUACCUACUUUCCCAUGGACAUCGACAGCGAGUCCACCACCGACCAGGAGUCCCUGCGGCACAUCGGCCAUACAGAGCCCUUCACUGUUCACCCCUGCAUGCAGAAGAGGAACAUCUUCAAGGAGGACUUCCACAACUUCGUCGCCUUCUCACCACAGGUCAUCACCACUGAGUGCAAACAGGGCAGCAAAGCAACUGAUGCCUACCACAGGAGGGAACUGCACAAGCCAGCCACCUUCUUCAACCACAGCUUUGAACUGCCCUAUAGCAACCCCUACUUUGAACCGCCACUCAACUCCCCUCUUCAGGACAGACGGAGGGUGAAGCACGAGAGCCUAGACGACUUACAGGCGUCCACGUACUUUGGCCCAACCACGGUGUCCGAGUGCGUCAGCAGCAGGAAGCACAGUCACAAAACAGGAAAGCAGCCGUCAUGGCCAGUGAAGAGCCUCAGUCUCAACACAGAAGAGGGGCCUCCGGACUUUGAGAGGUCAUUUCUGAACAGCAAACCGCUCAAAGAAAACCACCACCGCAAUAUCAGCAUCAUCAGCACUGACAACGAGCAGCAUUUUCAGAGCCCAAAGGAAAAGGUAGUAGCUUCUCCAUCAGGCUUUGCAAAAAAAGCAAAUGGAAUAAAAACCAAGGAUGUAGCACUGAUGGCAAGUGGGCCUGCAGGUUUGGACAAAAGAGAAGUAGCCAAAAGGUUUAGGGACAAAAAUAUGAACAGUUCAUCAUUUCAGGGAGUUGACAGCUCUUCUAGUGUUGGGACGCAAACAGAGCAGGCUGAGCAGAAGAAGGCGAAGGAAUACCCAGCUAAAUACAGCGACAGAGAACGACACACCUUCAAACACUCUGACGAGGACUCUGAGAUCAUUAGUGAUGACAUAAGUGACAUUUUUCGUUUUCUGGAUGAUAUGAGUGUUUGCGAUUCUCUGGGCGUUGUCCAGCCAUCAUGCUACAACAGCAAUGGGUCUCUCUCUCAGGUAACGCUAAAGUCUGAAGGAGACAGCUCCCCUGAGCGCAACACGGUCAAACUGGCCAAAUCCAAGCUGGACCGCCUCUUCCAUUCGCUGGAAAACACAGACGAUGAGCUCAAAUCAAGCGUGUGCAAGCUGGUGAUGAGGAUUGGUGAGAUCGAGAAGAAGUUAGAGUCUCUGUCAGGGGUUCGGAGUGAGAUCUCCCAGGUGCUCUCCAAACUCAACAAGCUGGAUGAGAAGAUCCAGGAGCCUGACGUCAAUGGGAGACAGGGGGAGACGGCAUCUGCGUCCGGAUCCAAUGCCACCCCGGACAAACCGCAACCCCACCCUCAUCCGCAUCCCGACACCACCCUCUCGCCUCGUGUUUUCCAGUGCCACACCACCGGCCACAAUGUCAAAAUGGACAAUGGCUCCUCUGGGGAGUGGUGUUGCUCAGAUGGGAGUAACAGCGAUAGCCUCAGGGUAAAAGCUCUGAAGAAGAGCAUGUUCACCAGGAGGUCGUCCCGCUCACUUAACGAGGAGAACAGCGCCACUGAGUCAAAGGUGUCCAGCAUCACCAACUCUCCGCGGGACUGGAGGACAGUGUCCUACUCUUGCCACCCGGGAGACGAGGGCAAAGACAAGGACAGAGACAGCAAGGACAGACACCGGAAAGCCAAAGAGGCAGAGCGGGAGCGCCAAUACGAGCUCCCCCAGGCCCACCGCCCCCCAAAACCGCCGAAGGAGUCCUACCUGAUCGAACAGGUUUUCUCACCACACCCCUUCACCCCCUCCAUGAAGGCCCAUGUGAAAGGCAGCCCCCUGUACACGGACCUGAGGCUCACCAGCCUGUCAGAUGGUAAACGUGGCCAGCCAUCCUGGACCAUUGAGGAGUACAAACGCAACUCAGGAGAGAAGGGAAAGCAGCUCACAGCUCUGGACCUGCAGACCCAAGAGUCCCUAAACCCCAACAACCUGGAGUACUGGAUGGAGGACAUCUACACGCCGGGCUAUGACUCGCUGCUCAAGAGGAAAGAGGCAGAGUUCCGGAGGGCCAAGGCGUGUAAGAUUGGAGCGUUGAUCGCAGCCGCUACCUGCACUGUGAUCCUGGUCAUCGUUGUUCCAAUUUGCACCAUGAAAACAUGAGAGCACCAGGUGGAGUUUUUUUGUUUUUUGUAUUUAAUGCAGUAUUUACUUCUGGUGGUCUUUCUUGCCAGUAUAAAAAUGAUUAGGACAGCUCCUGUACAAUAGAAAUGAAUUCAGCAAGUGCAUAAUAUCCUGUAUACUGUAUAUCUAUUGGUUUAACAGUUGUAGUUUAUUGUAUUGUUAUAAACUGUGCGGGACAAGCUCAUUGGUUAAACUGUUUUGAACAGCUGCAGCAGAUGAUAACUGAACUAAACUAUUGGAUUUGUUAUUGUAGCCAGCGAAUGAUAUUUUUAUUUUUUCGUAUAAUUACUGUACAGUGUAUUUUGAUCAAAGUUAUUUUUGAUGAAUUAUCUGGUUGAAUGUGAGAAUUUCUCAUUAUUUUGUUAUCUUUCUUCAAUAACGGCAAGCAUUUUAAGUAAGGAAAUUUGUGCGCAUACAUUUUUUCUAAUUAGAAAUAUAUUGAAGUUGAAAGUUGAGGUAUACUUGUACAUAGAAUGCAGACACAGUAUGACUACACAGCCAAACUGAAUGUAUUGAUAACGCCUACUCACUUGGAAAGGAAUAACUUGAGAUUUACUUGAAUGUCGCUGCCCUCUCGUCCUUUUUCUGAAUUAUAACCAGCCAACAGCACAUACUUGCUGCUCUUCCUGAAAGCAGUGGAUUCAUUCUUUUCUUUGCAAGUGUUUGCUCAGUGAAUACUUGCAGUUCUGCAUCACUCGAGACUAUUGAGGCUCACCUGGGAGGAUUGUAUGGACUCAGCACUAUUGAUUGGGCCAGCCCCCCACACUAGCACAAAUUAAACAGAACUACAACCACCCUCAGAGUGGGUUUGUUCAUCCAUUCCCUGCUGCAGCCUCCUUAAAUGCCUUAAAUUACUCUACACUUCUGUAGCCCAAUGGUGUCCAUUUCAUAGCCUGGCAGCCCUUAGUUUAGCCUCAAUACAGAAUAGUAGCCUUACUUUUAGUUUUCUUAAGGCUGGUGUAAUUGACCCUUCCUAAGUCCCACCCCUUUUUGCUCCUUCCUCCAAUAACAGUUGCACAAGCCUCAGUCAACUUUCCUUACAUAUUCUAUGUGCAAAGCUAAUCUAUGUUAAAAAGACUACAUUUUGAAGAUAGUUAAAAGAUAUUAAGUUAACUAAUGUUAGCAAAACGCUACGGAAAAAAGCAAGCGAAUCUAAAUGAAUUGUUUGCUAGCUAGUUACAUUUGAUAGUGUUAGCAAAUCGAAAGCUAAUUAACUAGCUAAUGUUCGUGUAGAUUAACUAGUAAGUUAGCUAGCGUUUUGCUAACAUUAUAUUAUUAUUAUAUAUAGUAAGCUCUUUUUUAUCUGCCACACGUCACUUUCCAUGGAGCCAUUUUUCUAAAGUAGCCCAGAACGGACAAACCAAACACUGGCUCGAAAUUGGAUCUUUUUGCGUUUUUCACAAGUUUUGCCGCUACCGUAGUUUCUCCUGCAUACUUCACAGCCACAUUUUCAGCUUGUCAAGUACGGAUGCAAGUGUUGUUCAAUUAGUUGCAAUCUGCAGCUUCACCAUUAGAUGCUACUAAAUCCUACACACUGGUACUUUAAGAUGUGACGCUAUACUGUAUAUUUCGCAUUUUAACCAUGUUCAAAAUUUGGUUGUCUUUUCAACAUAUGAGCCUAGCACAUAGCAUAUGUAGAAAGUUAAAAGAGGAUCCAAAAGGGGGCGGAACUUAGGAAGGGUCAGUUUUAUUUUUUAAGGUGAGUAAUUUAAAACAGCUGUACACUGCAGAUUUUAAGCAAAUGAUACUCACACAAAAACAAAUGUUGCAUUUGUUGGGGACUAUUUUCAGUGGUAUAUUAAUACACAUUUGGUGCUCUACUGAGUAUUUCUGUCAGCAGCAGGAUGGUGCAUGUGGGAGUCCAAGUGUGUGUGUUCAUGGUAAUGAAGGAACAGGGAACUGCUGGGACAACAAUGGAACUCUAUGGCACAGAGCAAGAGGAUAUCAGUACAAUACUUGUUAGUAGGAUCAGUUUAUUGUUGGUUUUGGUCUGCAUGUGGGAUUUUUUGGGAAAGUAGCAAAGAUACAGCAGUCACCGGCUUAUUCUUUAAUGUCCAUGUAACUGAAAACUAAUAAUUUAUCCUCCAUUAGUUUGUCCUUUACACUGUUCACAUUUAUAUAAUGAACUGCUACUAAACACAACAACACUGAAAUAAAUCCUACCUUUAUGAAUCUUAUAAUGUUCACCAGAGAGGAGUUUAUUCACCUCUGUAGUGGUGCUGUUUUAUUGGAGUCUAUUAUGUUUAUAAAUUGUCUACCAUUUUGUUCCCAAUAUGUGUGUGUAAAUCAUACUUGACAAGAUUUUACAUUUUUGCCUUCGAUCUUUAUGUUUAUGAUAAUAACAACAGAAAACAAAUGCACACAGCCAUGAAGUAAUGAAUCAUUGUCAUACACAACUAAUCUGGUUCCAGACCAUUGAAUCGCCAUCCACAAAUAAUCAGAUCAGAUCAACCAAUCAGAGCUUUGGAUGUCGGCCCCAGAAUAGGGAUGUCAUCUUUCUACGUAGCUGGCUUUCUACUAAGCUACACCAAUAAAGCAUACUGAUGGAAACAUGGCCACAAAAGAGAGAUGAGCUGUACACGCUGUUGUAAAUGGACAGAAAUCAACACUGAAUACUGAAAAUGAUGUUGGUAGGAUGGAUAUGUCCCUCACUAGUGAAACGUUAGGCCAAAGCAAAACAAAACAAAAACCCUCUCCUCCCAACUAGCAUGCCAACAUGUACACAGCGUUACACUGAAUGAAUAAAGUGCAAUGAAAUGCAAUUUUAGUUGCAUUAUCAGCCAUAAAAAUAUUCUAGCAAUGACUGAAAAGCUUUAGGCUGAAGCCAUAUUAUGUAUACACAUUGCUUGAUGGAAUAUAAUACCGUGAUUUUAUAAUUAUAUUUUAGCAUUCAUUUGGAUUUCUGAAAUGCACUUUUCAUCCUGAUGAUUGCUUCAUAGAUUCCCACAAUUUACUUAAACACAUUUAAUUUUGGAAUUUGUCCCAACAUGCACAUGCCUUCAAGAUAAAACUUGCUGCAUCUUUUUGCAAACAUGCUUUUACUUAUUGUUUGUAAAGUUUUGUGUUUAAUACACUCUUUGCAUAAUACUACUAUAAUCAGAUCGCAAAAUGUUCAUACACAGAGCUUUAGUAGGGUCUUGAUGAUCCGAUCUGGCAAUAAUUCUUAUGGCCGUCUUUCGUAGUAUGAAAACUGUGUUUUUAAUGCUUUUAAAAUGCUCUGUCUCUGUCUCUCUACACAGUAGAUGAUGUGUAUGGAACAACAGUUGAGCAUAGAACACAUUCUGAUUUGACUGAUUGUAUAUCAGAUAACAGAGUUUGAAUUUCUGUAUAACUUGAUCUCAUAUUUUAUAUUUUUUCUGUGUUAACUGCACAAAUUCAUGAAUGAAAAAGGCAGUCCAACCUAUACCACCACCACUACUAACCAGCACCCAGAAUGAUUAUUGAGAGACAUUAUACAACCAGGCUGCUGAUAAAACUGCAUUUCUUGUGGCCAUUGUGAAGCACCCAGUAGUUUUUUAUUUCCCCCCACUGAUAUAGACAGAUGUGUGCUGUAUUGAGGUCCUGCAGUUGACAUUCCAGCCUCUAACAGUUGGCAUACUGUUGGGCAGAUACAAGCACUGCUAUGUAAAUGCAGUAAUACUGAUGAAAAUGGCAGAUAAAAGUGAAAGCAGUGCUAAACCAAACUGUUACAAAUUCCAUGUAUUCCUUUCAAUAAACACCACCAAUAGAACAGUGUGAGAGAAAACUACACAGGAAGAAACGUUUAAAAAAAAAAAAUUUGAAUCUAUAAUUUUAUAAAUGAGUGGUUUCCAACCUUUUCCCUCAAGGUAGUCUUUUCUAUCAUUAAGUAAACAGAUAACCCCUUGCUAAGUAUCAUAUUUUAUGGAUUUUUCCUAUGGAGAGAGUUAUCAUUUAUAACACUGUGUAGUUAAAUGAGUCAGGAAAGAUAUUCAGUUACUAUCAUCCGUUUGUAUAUGAACUCGAUAGAAUCAGUUGGGGUUGAUUUCCCACAAUGAUCCUAAUUGAAGUGUGAUUAUGCUGAGCACAAUGUUGGCCCAUUUUCACUUAAGCCAUGUUGUGUCCACAUAAAGCCUGCAGCAGGUUACAGUGUUGCUGUAGUCUCAUUAGCUAAUUAAGAAACAGAUGAGGCUCAUUGUGUGGGAUGAUGCUGCAUUUGUAUACAGAUUACCAUGUAAUUACCAUUACAGGUCACCAUGCCAACAUCCAGGAGUUGCCAAAUUUGAGCUAAAGUUAUGUCUAAUGCCAGCUUUCAUUGUCGGUGUAGGUAGCAGUCAACCUUUACUGUACUGUAGUUCCCAUGUGCAGAUGCUGUAGAAUUUUAAAAACAUUGACAUUAGAAGAAAAAUAAAUGAAUAUAAUACAGCCUAUUUCAGAAUUCUCCAGAAUCUUCAUUUCUGGGCAGGGACAGAAUAGGUCAUAUAAUACAUAUAUUUAUCCUAUUCUUCUACUCUUUUGCCGUAAGGUCUUUAGAGCUUAUUUAAAACAAAUUGAGAUCAGGUGAAAAGCUGCCCUGUUUAAUAACCGAUUCACUGGUGCACUGCUUCUGCCCUUUAGUGUGGUUUGUGGCGCCUGAUGGUGAUGUCAUUGCAAGACCUCAAAAGUGCAGUACACCCCUAUGUAGUUAUUUUAAGGAGGAUUUAACGUGCAAACUAACAUGUUGUAGUGGCUGAUGGGAAAAGGCUGUGAAAUCAAAUGAUAUGCUCCCAACCGAUCCCUAUGGCUGACUUCCUGACCUCUUGUUGCUCUAUUUUUUAGUCAAUAACUAGAAUGUCAUUGUUCAGGAUAUCAGUUCACUUUCCCCUUCUUAAUCACUGCACAAAAUAAAUGGUCCUGGUUUAGAUUGUGAAGCUAAACGCUGUCCAUCUACUGUCUGCAAUGAAGAGAGAUGCUGAAUUCAGCUGUAAGUAGAGAGCCACUGUUUGUGUUUCUGUUUCUCUUACUGUUAACCAUCCACUGCAUUGGAUCUGCCUUCCGUACAGGAAAUGUGAGCUGCAACACACUGUAGGAGUCUGUAAAUAAUUUCAGGUUCAAGGCACAUUGUGGGAGCAGGUGUUAACUGGAAUAUUACUAUAAUAAAAAUGUAUUGUUCUGACUGUUAA